CUUUUUUUUUUUUUUUAACAACCAUGACCACUUCCAACCAAUGCAAAUGGGCAAUACUUGUUGGUAUCAACUAUUAUGGGUACCCAAAAGAUGAGCAAUUGGACGGUAGCAUCAACGACAUACGUAAGAUGUCGACAUUUCUGCAGGAGUUUAUCCAAAUUCCAGCAGCGAACAUAUCUAUGUACCAUGAUUUCAACGAAGAUGGUGCAAUUGAUAAAGACGUUAAGUUGAAGCGGUUACCCACUGGAGCCAAUGUUCUACAGGCACUCCGAAGAGUCUCCCAAAAUGCAGCCAAAGGCGACUUUGUCUACUUUCAUUACUCCGGCCAUGGUGACCGAAAAGAAACUCAAUAUAGUCCCCUGAAAGGUAACACAACAACUUUUGACGAAGUUCUUUGUACCUUAGAUGAGGAGAUUAGAGACGUGGAGUUUGGUAAGAUCCUGGAUGACAUGGUUGACAAGGAACUUGUUGUGCUUGUCGUUCUUGACUGUUGCUACUCUGGAGGCGCAACCCGGGCAGGGUUCAAAGACCAGGACGGUAAUUCGAUAAAAUUACGUCAACCACCCAAUCGCAAAAGAUCGUCGAACGAUGAUAUGAGCAAGACAAACCUCGAUCCUGCUAAGCUAGACACUGGCAGCAGUUGGCUCUACCGAGAUCGUGGCUACAAUAUGUUAGCAGCUUGCCAGCCCCAUCAAAAAGCUGGCGAAUAUCACGGAAGCGAGGGGAUCCUCACACAUUUCUUCCGUGAAACUGCGGAGAGCCUCUACGCUGGGGGCUCCCAGGUCACAUAUGGCAUGCUACAGAGCAUGUUAAACACCAAAGUUGAACGCUAUUUUAAUUUACAGCAGCCAAUGCAUCUCGGAGAAUCAGAUAAGAUUCUUUUUAGCAGCGAAAUCGCUUCCAGUUCUUCUACAGAUUGGGUCAACGUCAAAAAAAAAUAUUCUCUCGUUGGAAAAUUGACGCUGAACCAAGGCGAGGUGCAAGGCGUUGCUGUUGGCGAUAGAUACGGAAUCUUCCGUCCCGGACGACCAUUCCUAGGUCUCGAUGACAAGGAAGAAAAUCUUCUCAUCUAUGUUAGAGUUGUCCUUGUCAAGGACAUGGAAUCCGAGGCAAGAUUUGUCAAUGACGAUAAAGGCACUACUUCUUACGGCAGAAGUGGCGCCUGGAAAGCUGUCAAGUCUGGCUAUUUUGCAAAGCUCAUAAGCCGCCAAAAGAAGGCAACGGUCAUCAUUUUGCCAGAUGAAGUGCACAGCAACAUCAUUGACCUGAUGAGACAGCAAUGGAAAUCGCACUCUAAUUUCGCUGCACAGAUUAGCCUUGACUUUGAAAGCGUUGAGGUGACAAAGGCAGACUAUUUUGUCGAAAUAGACAAAGAUUCUCGGACCCUCGACAUCAGAGAUUCAAAUCAACAGGCACUGGAGGAUUUACCCGCUAUUAGUAUCGAUAGUCUUGAUAUGACCGAGAAAUUGAUGCAACUGCUCGCACAUCUGCAUUCAUUCCGGCUAGUAGCAGAUCUGCAGCACCCAUCGGACUCCGUCGUACCAAAGUAUGAGUUCAGUCUGACUAGAACAGUUGUCCCCAAAGAUAGAGAAGAUCUUGUGGCACGAUGGAACCUGCGCUUUACCAACAAGCACACCGAAAUCCUCUACGUGACAAUCUUCAAUCUAACUGAGGGGUAUGCAGUCAAUAAGGUGCAUCCAAGGCAGGGGGCGGCGAGUGUGGCAGUUGAUCCUGAGUGUGAUAUUGCACUGGAUCUCGGCACGAAAGUGCCAGACCUACUCAUAGAAAAGGCCUGUCGUGGAGCAUUUGAAAUGCAGGAGAGAUUCAAAGUGGUUAUUACGACGAGCCAAACCAAUCUCAGCCAUUACUGUCUCCCAGAUUUAAGGAACUUGAAGAUCAGAAAGCUUCGAGAUACAGAUAUCAUGGCACCACGCGAAUGCAAUUGGUUCAUUGUUGAGGAAAGUGUGGUAAUAGAAGUUCCACAUACAUACAGCACACAAGCGGAGCUUCAAAAGCAGAUAUGGGAAAGAAAAGAGAAGAAGGACAGAGAGGACGAGGGCGAUGAGGAGGACGAGGGAGACGAAGAAGACGAGGAAAAUGAGGAAGAUGAAGAAGAUGAGAGAUACGAGGAAGACGAAGAAGAUGAGAGAGACGUGGAAGAGGGGAAAGUGACAGAAGAGAAAAUAGAGGAGGCAAAAAAAAGAAAGAAUACACUAGACUAGCCUACACUGAUGUUGGUGCUUUUAGUAUGGCCAUCACUCGGGUCUUUUCUUUCCACCGCCUGGGAGGCUGAAGUAAAGCGAGAAAAAACAGUCGCAGAGUAGAGGGGGUGUGAUUGGGCGCGAAUGAAGGCCGAUAUAAUUGCUGUGUGUGAGUGUGAAGGAGUGGAUCUACAGACGAAGUGGAUGGGCGGAAACAAAUAGUGAAUUGCGUAAGGAAUAUAUUAUAUUACCCAGCCCUUUCACACGAAUCAUUCUUCC